UGACCUAGCAUACCCCCCAUCGCCACCGUCUUCCAACCAUCAUCCCCUGUCGCCACCCUUUUCAAAAUCAUACCACCAGACGGAAAUCUCCCUCCUGCUCUUAGAUUCACGGCGAUUACGUUAAAACCGUCGUGAAUAAGUUAGUCAAUUUAGGGUUUUAGAAGAAGGAAAAGUAAGUAAUUUUAGGGUUUUCAAGUUAUUGGGAUUCUUAAUUUGUCGCCGCGGAUCAGUGUGUCUAAUCCUUGCCAAAAACGACAUCCAUUUUGGCCGAAAUCGAAUUUGUUAUAUUUGUUUUUUAAACAUGCGAGGAUUGCAGAAAUCAAAAAGGGUUUCUUGGGCGUCAGAUUUAAAUCUUUGUCAGGUAAAGCUGUUUUUAUCAGAUGAAUCUCCUUCCCAAGUUGGUUUGGGUGGUCAAGACCAUCUCCAGGCAAAGGCAUCAUGGCCAUGGCAUUCAGCAGGAGCAGGCUCUGAUGACAAUUUGCCGCCAGGCUUUGAAGGAAUUCAACCUGCAAACUUGUUGCAGAAUAAGUUGUCUCAAGUUCCUCUCAUCCAAUGGAAAUGUCCUUCCAGGUUCGUUCUGGAUCCCAAUUGGCAAGUUGCUGCCGGAGAAGAAAGCAAAGAACUGGAGGUUGAAAGUCAACGCGAGAUGAGAGUGCUCGAAGCUGUCUAUCCACGACCAUCUGCCAUCCCUCCAAACCCUGCAUCAGCAAUGGGCGCAGACGAGCCAUAUUACAAUGAUCAGCACACUCCUCUCAUCCCCAUCACUCCCAUUGAAGAUGAAGACAUGGCACCUGAUUCAUCAUCUAUAGCAGCCAAUACAAGCUUGCAGGCUCCUGCAACUAUGGCUACUCAGUCGGGCAAUGGAGGGAUGGUCUCUGGGGUCGAACCAGAUGUAGUGAGUGCCGCCUAUUCUGCUCUGAAUGCAGCAAUGUCAAACGGCAGUCAAGGAAGCCUGAUUGAUCCUAACCUGCUCAUCAAAAUUCUGAGCAACCCAACUUUAAUUGAGAAACUAGUGUCAUCUACCCAAGGACCAUCUGCAUCUGGUCCACAAAUAUCUCAAGCUCUCUCUAUGCCCACAUUGCCAGCCAUAUCUGUAGCUGAGCCACCACCACCACCACCACCUGUCCAUGGUCGGACCACCCACCUCCCAUUCUCGACAGCAUCAUCUUCCUCCAGUAAUGCUCAUUAUCCUCCAGCAAGCAGGGUGGGACCUGUUCCUGUUCCUGUUCCGGCUUCCAAUCUGGCGCCACCAGAAGUGAAUCCAGCAAAGAAGGAUAUAAAUUAUUACAAGAGCCUGAUUCAGCAGCAUGGUGGAGAAAAAGCAGAAUCAGUGAAUAGUAAUAAUGUAAAAACAAGGGGGGAUACGAAAGGGAAAAUAAUGAAGCCUUGCAUCUAUUAUAAUAGUACAAGAGGAUGUCGACAUGGAGCAAAUUGUGUUUUUCAGCACGAUUCUUCGUCGUCGCAACAGCAGCAGCGAGUGAGUUUGCCAGAUUCGAAAAGAAUGAAAAUGGAUAGUAGGGAGAUUAGUGGUACAUAAAUUGAUUCAACGUCCAUUUUUGAGUUUGGUGUAAAUGGUGCAUUGCUGCUUGGGUGGGGUGGGGGGUACUGCCAAAGAAAUGGGAUCGAUUUUUCUCUCUUUUUGAUUUUGAUAUUGUUUUUUCUUUUAAUCCAAAAUUUUGGUCCCUUCUUUCUCAUGUUUUGCUUAACAUUUUGUUUAAUGGAAAAUGCUACCAUUCUUAUUGUUUCU